AUGGAAACCAACAGCGUUAUUGCAAAGAUAAUUUUUGACUACCGUUCGAUGUUACUGCAGCAGGUAACAUUGCACAUGAAACGGCAGCGAGAUCGCAUCUCUAGAAUGAGGCAACGAUUUAUAUCGAAGCUUUCACAUCGUCUGCAUAGAAACUACGACCUUUACCGACGCAAAAGGCGGCAGUUACUGUUGGAUGUUGCCUCAAGGAUAUCUAUUCGGAAACGAGCCCAACCGAAAGAAUACAAUCGUGACUGGUGGCACGCUUUCAUUAACCGUGAAGAAUCUGAAUUUAAUGAUGAGGAACUCGAGCAGCUUCGAAUGGAUUAUGGAAUGUUUAAUUUUAUUUUGUGUCAGAUAAAGGAUGAGUUGGCGAACAAAUUAUUCAAGGGUGUACCGAUAGCUGCGGAGAUCAAAUUUUCCAUCGCCAUUUAUUUCCUUGGCUCCGGAAAGGAUUAUCGUUCGGUGGGAAAUAAGUUUGGAGUUCAUUUUAGUACAGUCCACAAAUGUUUGCGCGCGUUUUGUCGUGCAGUCAUAAGGGCGUUCCGAGGAGACGUAAUUCGAAUGCCAAUGAAUAUUAAAGAUAUUGAAAAUGCUACCGAAGAGUUUGCAGAACUUGCCGGUAUUCCACAAGUCAUUGGGGCAAUCGAUUGUUUACAUAUUGCCGUUAACCAACCGGGCAAUGAGCCGACGCAUUAUGUUAACAGUAAAGGAUGGACUUCCGUCAUAAUGCAAGCAGUGGUGGAUUGUAAUGGCAGAUUUUUGGACGUAUCCUGUAAACACACUGGUCACACAAAAGAUGCAGCUGUUCUUCUAGAGUCCAGCCUCUAUCAGUCGAUGGAACAACUUGAACAGCCUUCCUGCAACAUCGAUGGAGUUGAUGUAAUACCAUGUUUGUUAGGAGAUCAUGGAUAUCCUUUGUUGCCAUGGUUGAUAACUCCAUACCCCCCAGGUAAUGAAGCAUUGACUGAUCCACAACGUUCUUUUAAUGUAUAUAUCGCAAAAGCAAGGAGCGGUAUCAGCAAAGCGUUUGAGCGGCUGGUUGGACGUUGGAAGGUGUUGAAUCGAGGGUUAAACCUAGACAUUAAUUUUGUAUCCGAGGUUAUAAUUACAUGUUGCAUUUUACACAAUAUCGCUGAAAGACUGGGAUCCCCAUAUCUAGACCGUUGGAGCGAAUGUCAUAAUGAGUAUGAUAUUGCUCCAGACCAGCCUCGCUGGGAAUGUCAAAUUGUUUCCAAUGAAGGCGAGGUAGUUAGAAACCAAUUGUGCAAAUACAUGUUUGAACAUUUUCCUCUAAUCGUGGAUGAUGACGAUUAA